GCCACGACCUCGUUUCUCGCACACUCAAGAAUGAUCACCAUCCACAAAGGCAGCGGCCAUGUUGAAGCGUCAAUAGGAGGCAAAGCGUCCCAGGCAGAACCAUCAUGACAGGGACCAUACUAUGCGUGGCAGAGAAGCCUGCCAUUGCCAAAGCAGUCGCGUCCCACAUGUCGGGGGGCGCCUUUCAACUAUCUAAUAUCCCUGGAAAUAAAUAUGUGAAAAAUUAUCAGUUCACUUUCAAUUUCGGUGGCCGUUGGGGCCAGUGUUCGGUCACCAUGACCAGUGUGCUCGGCCACUUGACAGAGACGGAGUUUGGAAGUCAUCAUAGAGCGUGGGCCUCUUGUCCUCCUGAAGACUUGUUUGAUGCGCCUGUCUACGAGUCUGUGGCCAAGGACAAAGUAUCAAUAGCGCAAAACAUCGCGGUGCAAGCCAGAUCUUGCCGAGCACUGUUUAUCUGGACUGACUGCGACCGCGAAGGCGAGCAUAUUGGCACCGAAGUGCGGAAGCAAGCGCUGGAAGGGAAUCCGCGACUCGAGGUCAAACGAGCCAAGUUCAGCAACACCGAAAGAGCACAUGUUUUGCAGGCUGCGCGGCAACCGAUUGAGCUAGAUGAACGCCAGGCUAAUGCUGUAGCUGCGCGAAUUGAACUCGACCUGCGCAUCGGUGCGGCUUUUACUCGUUUACAGACUCUUCAGCUGCAAACGCUCUUGUCAUCUCUCACAGACAAGGUUAUUAGCUACGGUUCGUGUCAGUUUCCUACGAUGGGUUUCAUCGUUGAUCGCUAUUUUCGGGUGAAAAACUUCAAACCAGAAACAUUCUGGUUGAUCAAAGUCAUCCACGUCAGGGACGAUAUCAAAGUCAACUUCUCAUGGCGUCGUGUCCACCUCUUCGACAGGGCUGUGGUGACCAUAAUGCUGGAACGAUGCUUGGCGGCGAAGAAAGCCCGAGUCACGAAAGUCAAUGAAAGGCCUACAAGCAAAUGGCGGCCCCUACCCCUGACUACUGUGGAACUACAGAUGAUGGGUAGCAAGUAUCUUCGCAUGACCGGUCAAGAUAUCAUGAAGACUGCCGAAUCUCUCUAUACAAAGGGAUUUAUCAGCUACCCUCGAACGGAGACAGAUCAAUUUGAUAAGGCCAUCGAUCUAAAGAAGCUAGUUGAAAAGCAAGUACCCGAUGGAAGCUGGGGACAAUAUGCCCGGGGCCUGCUUGACGGUAAUUUCAGGACACCGAGAUCGGGCCGUCAUAAUGACCAGGCCCACCCGCCUAUCCAUCCGAUUGCUUGGGUUUCGCCAACCGCAUUGAACGCCAGCGAAAAGAAGGUAUACGAGUUCGUUGUCCGCCGAUUCCUAGCGUGUUGCUCUGAGGAUGCCAAGGGAAAAACAACCGAAGUUGAAAUACAAUACGGCGAGGAAAUGUUCCAGGCAAAAGGCCUCAUUGUCCUCGAAAAGAACUAUCUUGAGGUCUACGUAUAUGAGAAAUGGGAAAGCAGCCAACAGCUGCCGGUCUUCCAGCUUGGCGAGGAGUUCGAGCCCACAGAAGCCAAAAUCAACGAGGGAAAAACGACUCCGCCAAACUACCUUACUGAGCCGGAGCUCAUCGCCCUCAUGGACGCCAACGGGAUCGGCACCGAUGCCACCAUGGCCGACCACGUUGCGAAGAUCAAGGACCGGGAAUACGUGGGGACCCGCACGCGAGGCAGCGGUCGCAGCGCCGUCACGGAAUUCAUCCCUACCAGUCUCGGGGUAGCUCUGUACGAAGGGUACAACAAUAUCGUCUCUGCCAUUCCCGGCUGCCCGUCUCUGAGCAAGCCGUUUCUCCGCAAGGAAAUGGAGCAGCGCAUGCGAGAAAUCUGCGCGGGCACCAAGACCCGACGCGAAGUCAUCCAUGAGAGCCUGGAACGGUACCAGGAGGUCUUCUACCUGACUAAAAGCCGGAUCGAAAUCUUGAAGGCGGCGUGUCAGAAGUACAUGCUUGGAUCCUAAACGUUGCUAGGGAGCCUUGGGGGGCCUUUCUUUGAAAUAAGUCAUUGAUGACUGUAUGAUAUCAAAAAGAUAUAGAUACCCUAUUAUUAGAUAGACAUUUUACGAGAUAUUUGAACCGGGAGACCCUCUAGAUAUAGACCUGGAUCUGGUGGAUCUAUUGACUCUUAUAUUCAGGGGUUAACCAUCAUU